AUGGAUUUACCUAAAGUGCUGCUCAUAGGAACAAUUUAUUGUGCAUCUUCGGAAUGGAGCAAUUUGUCGGAUAUCGCGGAAUUAAUUCAUCUUAAGGAUGGAGACAGAGAUACUUUCCGCAAUGGUUGCCAUUCCGGGCAUUACGAUCGAGUGGUAGUAAUAAUAAGAUGCGAAGAUGCUUACAAAUACACUGGUCGUUUUGACACCGAUCUUAUUCAAUCUUUGCCGAAAUCGGUCAAAUUCGUUUGUGCUCCUCAGGUUGGGUACGAUCAAAUUGAUAUCGAUACCUGCACUAUCCAAGGCAUCGCCGUUUCAAACUCGCCAGCAAAUAUUGGUAACGCGACGGCCGAUGCUACCAUAUACCUCUUGCUUGGUGCUUUACGCAGAUCGUGGAUUUCUUCUUUGUCAAUCCGAAAUGGCCAAUGGCGUGGACAUGCUGGGUUAGGACAUGAUCCUGAAGGCAAAGUUCUGGGGAUACUCGGCAUGGGCAAUAUUGGUAGUGUAGUAGCCAAACGAGCCGCAGCGUUUGACAUGCAUAUUCAAUAUUACAACCGAAAUCCCCUUCCCGUGGAAAGGACACCUCCGGGCACCAAAUACGUUUCUUUUGAAGAACUUCUCCGGACAAGCGAUGUCAUUUCAGUACACCUUCCACUCUCGGAUGAUACUAAGUAUACGCUCGGCUCAAACGAAUUUGCACAAAUGAAGGACGGAGCCAUUCUGAUCAAUACUUCGCGUGGGCCUAUAAUUGAUGAGCAAGCUUUGGUCGAAGCCCUUGAGUCUGGUAAACUAUACAGCGCUGGUUUGGAUGUUUUUGAGAAUGAGCCUCAAGUACAUCCCAAGCUGCUAGCAAAUGAGAAUGUUGUCCUGACUCCGCAUAUGGCUGCUGGCACUGUCGAAACAGUUCACAAAUCAGAAGCCCUUGCUAUGUCUAAUGUUCGGAACGCACUUCAGCAUGGAACGUUAUUGACGCAAGUUCGUGAACAACGAGCUGAAUAA